UGGCACAGCAGCCGCAGAUCGUGUGGCGUCCCCAGGAGUGUCUGUUGGGCUUGUCUGGACUACUUUUGGUGGGGAAGUUCAAUUUGUAGAGGCUACAGCCAUGGUGGGUAAGGGUGACUUGCAUUUGACGGGACAACUUGGCGAUGUAAUUAAGGAGUCAGCACAGUUAGCUCUGACAUGGGUUAGAGCAAGAGCUGCUGACCUCAAUCUGUCACCCAAUUCUGAUAUUAACUUACUGGAGAGUCGUGAUAUUCACAUACAUUUUCCUGCUGGUGCUGUGCCAAAGGAUGGUCCUUCUGCAGGAGUAACAUUGGUAACAUCUCUGGUGUCAUUGUUCAGUAACCGAAAAGUCAGAGCAGACACUGCGAUGACGGGCGAGAUGACUCUUAGGGGCCUGGUGUUGCCAGUUGGUGGUGUUAAGGACAAGGUACUUGCGGCACAUCGAUAUGGCAUCAAGAGGGUAAUAUUGCCAGAAAGGAACUUGAAGGACUUGGCUGAGAUUCCAGCUCCCAUUCUCUCUGGCAUAGAGAUUCUGCUCGUGAAGCGCAUCGAGGAAGUACUUGGCCACGCUUUUGAGAAUGGAUUCCCUUUAAGACUACCCUCCAGUCUAUAGCAUGGG